CUUCCUAGUUCCUCAGCUGAGCUUGAGGCUGCGAGAGUCACUAUGCUAGCCGUACUCGGGAUACUGUCCUUGGCUGCUGUACGGACGACUGCAUCACUAUGGCCGAUACCUAGGUCCAUGCAGUCCGGGUCGACGUUCUUGAAGUUGCCCUCCCAGUUCAACGUCACGGUAUCGGUACCGUCUCCGCCAGCAGACCUUCUGGAUGCCGUGAAAGAGUUGAACUGGUACCUUGCUAACGAUCAGUUGCAACGCCUAGUUGUCGGUCGUGGUGCCUACGACGCCCAAGACAUCGAGUCGGCUCCCACCCUUACAUCUCUAAUGCUGUCCCUGGAGGACGGAGCGGAAGUCAACAGUAUAUCUGCUGAAGCUGUAAAGGCGAUUGACAUAAGGAGUGAAGGAUAUCAACUUGAUAUACCUGCCGACGGAUCUACCGCCACACUGGUGGCCAACUCAACCCUUGGCCUGUACCGGGGAUUGACUACGUUCAGCCAAUUUUGGUAUGAAUAUGCCGGACAAGUAUACAUGACCUCAGCCCCAAUCUCGAUUCAAGAUUCCCCGGCUUAUCCCUACAGAGGUUUCAUGUUGGACACCGCCAGGCACUAUUUCCCUACGACAGAUAUCAUCCGCACGCUCGAUGCUAUGAGCUGGGUCAAGUUGAACAUGUUCCAUUGGCAUAUAACUGACAGCCAGAGCUUCCCGCUGUAUGUGGCAGAGUUCCCAGAACUCGCCCAACAAGGAGCGUAUUCGUCUGAGGAUGUGUACACCCCUCAAGAUAUACAGGACAUCAUCACUUACGCCAACCAGAAAGGGAUAGACGUGAUGCUGGAAAUUGAUACGCCCGGCCAUACUACUUCGAUUGCAGCAUCGCAUCCCGAGUAUGUGGCCUGCAACCAGGCUUCACCGUGGGCAACCUAUGCCAACGAACCACCAGCAGGUCAACUACGCUUCACAGACCCGGCAGUAGUCAACUUCACUACUCAGCUGUUCGGUGCGGUGGCUAAGACCGUUCCUGGCACUUUGUUCAGCUCCGGAGGGGACGAAUUGAAUAUUCCGUGCUACCGUGACGAUAACCGGACGCAGGGCGAGUUGAAUAGCACGGGCUUGACGCUGGAAGAGGCUUUGAGUAACUUCACCCAGUCUACUCACGCUGCCUUGAUAGCAGAAGGGAAGACACCGGUGGUUUGGGAAGAAAUGGUCCUCGAUCAUAAUGUUACUCUUUCCAAUGACACGAUUGUCUUGGUAUGGAUAAGCUCGGCAAAUGCUGCAGCGGUAGCAGCCAAGAAUUACAGGAUUGUGCAGGCGCCUUCGGAUUAUUUCUAUCUGGAUUGUGGAGCCAGCGAAUGGAUUGGUGAUACACCGGAGGCGACGAGCUGGUGCGACCCAUUCAAGACUUGGCAGAAGUCAUACACGUUCGAUCCUCUCGCUAAUAUGACCGACUCCCAGAAAUCACUGGUGCUCGGAGGCGAGCAGCUCCUGUGGACAGAACAGUCUUCGCCUACAAACCUUGACCCGAUAGUAUGGCCCCGUGCUGCUUCCUCGGCGGAAGUCUUCUGGACAGGUGCUACUGGACCGGACGGGGCACGGCUGAACGUCACCGAAGCUCUUCCUCGACUGCACGAUCUAAGGUUCCGGAUGGUACAGAGAGGCGUCGGUGCCAUUGCUCUACAGCCGCUUUGGUGUGCUCUCAGACCACAUGCUUGUGACAUCAACUCGUGAAGUGAUAGAGCCUGCAGCACGACUGCUGAUUAACUGAGGAUUUAAUCAUAUCUCAUCUGUUCCUGCAUGGAAAACUAUUC